UCGAUUUAGCUUUCGAGGUCUACAUCCGGUUUGGACUGCUUCUCACAGUGUGUCGUUGACAUCUUCAAGAGGGAUAACGAAAGAAAUGGCAGCUGCCAAACUGUUCAAACAGAUAGAUGAUAAUCAAGACAAAUAUGUGAAGAGACUGGCAGAUACAGUGGCAAUCAAAAGUGUGUCAGCAUGGCCCGAGACUCGCCCUGAUAUCACGACUAUGGUGGAAUGGGUGAAGGCUGGAUUUGAGAAAAUAGGUGCCACAACAGAGUUAGCCGAAAUUGGAGAGCAGACGUUACCAGAUGGAUCCAAGCUUCCUCUCCCACCAAUUCUUCUUGGAACCCUGGGAAAAGACCCCAAAAAGAAGACACUACUGGUGUAUGGUCAUCUGGAUGUGCAGCCAGCCAAAAAAGAGGAUGGCUGGGACACAGAACCAUUCAUCCUGACAGAGAUUGAUGGAAAGUUAUAUGGUAGAGGUAGUACUGAUGACAAGGGACCAGUACUGGCUUGGUUGAACUGUAUUGAAGCCAUGCAGGAAAUAGGAAUGGAAAUUCCAAUCAACCUAAAGUUUAUAUUUGAGGGAAUGGAAGAAUCAGGAUCAGAAGGCCUAGAUGAUCUUGUCCUCUCAAGGAAAGACACAUUCCUUAAGGAUGUCGACUUUGUUUGCAUAUCUGACAACUACUGGUUGGGAAAGAAAAAACCAUGUUUGACAUAUGGUCUAAGAGGAAUCUGCUACUUCUUCCUGGAAGUAGAAUGCUCCACUAAGGACCUUCACUCUGGUGUGUUUGGGGGCACAGUACAUGAAGGAAUGGCUGACCUUAUUGCCCUCCUCAACACUUUGGUGGAUAGUAAAGGUCAUAUCCUGAUUCCCGGUAUAUAUGAUUCAGUGGCCAAACUGACAGAAGAGGAAAAGAAGCUGUAUGAACCCAUUGACUUUGAGCCUGAGGAGUAUAAGAAAGAUGUAGGAGUGACAAGUUUAAUCCACAAUAAAAAGGAAGACAUUUUAAUGCAUCGUUGGAGAUACCCCUCACUGUCCAUCCAUGGGAUUGAGGGAGCUUUCAGCGAAGCUGGAGCUAAAACAGUGAUACCUAAGAAAGUGAUUGGAAAGUUCUCCAUUCGUUUAGUCCCUGAUCAACAUCCAGAUGAAAUAGAAAAACUUGUCAACACUCAUAUUCAGAAGAAAUUCAGUGAGAGAAAUAGUCCAAACAAAAUUAAGAUCUCAAUGGGCCAUGGAGGAAAGCCAUGGGUCAGUGAUUUCAAUGACCCUAACUAUAUAGCUGGCAGGAAAGCAAUGAAAACAGUGUUUGGUGUUGAGCCAGACUUAACAAGGGAAGGAGGAAGUAUUCCGGUGACCUUGACCUUUCAAGAAGCCACGGGAAAGAAUGUGAUGCUUCUGCCUAUAGGGGCGUGUGAUGAUGGCGCUCACUCUCAGAAUGAGAAAAUUGACAGAUCAAACUACAUCAAGGGGACCAAAGUUCUGGGGGCCUACAUGAUGGAAUUGGCUGCAUUAUAAGGAAGAAAGUGUUCGAAAGUGAUUGUGAUACAAGUCAUUUCUGAUAUCAAGUAAUGUAGGGAAGUGUGUGAUUACAGUUCAUAUGCACAGCUGCAAAAAACGUUACAAGUACAUUGACCAUUUAACCAGGCCAUUUUUUUUCUGCAUGAUCAUUGAUCAGUGUAUGUGCUUUUUAAGUGAAACAAAUUUAUAUUUCAGUAAUUAGUAUAGACAAUUAUUUAGAUUUAUGUCAUCUCAAAGUGUCUCAUAAAAUUACAGGAAUGAUUAGGUAUUUUAAUUACAAUG